AUGCCGUCGCCUUUUUCAUCUCCCGCUGUCAUCUUCUCCCUGGCCGCUCUUAUGCGAGUAGGUCUGCUCUUCUAUGGCCUUUAUCAAGACAACCACUCGGCCAUGAAGUACACCGACAUCGACUACAUGGUAUUCACCGAUGCGUCACGCUUCAUGGCCGAGGGCCAAUCCCCCUAUUUGCGAGACACCUAUCGCUACACGCCCCUUCUGGCCUGGUUCCUGAUCCCAACGACAUGGGAGCCGAACUGGCUCUGGUUCUCCUUUGGCAAAGUUCUAUUUGCCAUUGCGGAUUUGGUGACUGGCUGGCUUUUGCUGCUUGUUCUUCGAACCGAGUUUCCGGGGAUGAGUGAAAAGUCCCGAUUGAGGUAUGCCAGUAUUUGGUUGUUGAAUCCCAUGGUUGCGACUAUUAGUACUCGAGGAAGCUCCGAGGGACUAUUGGGUGUUAUGGUGAUUGCGCUCUUGUGGGCUGUACUCAAUCGACAUACCAUAUUUGCGAGCUUCCUCUUGGGCUUGGGGGUGCAUUUCAAGAUCUAUCCGUUCAUUUAUGCACCGAGUAUAAUCUGGUUUCUUUCACCUACAAGCGCACCCACAUCAAGCAUGAUCCGCAAAAUACUCAAUUUUAUCACUUUCGACCGUAUCAAAGUCACCAUCAUCUCGCUGCUCACUUUCAUUGGCCUCAAUGUGUGGAUGUAUUCCCUCUACGGCCACUCGUUCCUUCAACACACCUACUUCCAUCACCUUACCAGAAUCGAUCAUCGACACAACUUCUCCCCUUACAAUACCUUACUCUACCUAUCCGCCGCCACAGAAGACGUCGGUGCUGCAGCCCGAGGAAUCAAAUUUGAGUCAGUGGCAUUCGUGCCACAGCUGUUCCUCUCCGCGUUCGCUAUCCCAUUAGCGCUUGCGAAGAAGUCGUUACCUGGGGCCAUGCUGGCACAAACAUUUGCAUUCGUCACUUUUAAUAAAGUUUGUACAAGUCAGUAUUUCCUGUGGUAUCUUGUCUUCCUACCACUUUACCUCCCCUCAUCGUCAUUCAUCAACAACCCCAUCCUCGGCGUCGGGGCGUUAGUCAUGUGGAUAUUAUCUCAGGCAUUUUGGCUUCAUCAAGGCUUCCAACUUGAAUUCAUGGGACUGUCGACUUUCCUACCGGGGCUAUGGCUCGCAAGCCUGGGAUUCUUUAUCGUCAAUUGUUGGAUUUUAGGUAUUAUUGUGUCUGAUAUUGGAGGGUGGCCAGCCAAAGCGUUGCAAGCAAGGAACGAAGGUUCCCAGACUGCGAAGCAGAAGAACCAAUGA